AUGGCAAUGGUAGUAAACCAGUGGCAGGAGAACAUUACGACAGAUCCCGGUUCUCAGCUCCAGAUUUGCAAUCAGGAGCCGGGGGGGACACCGGGGACACCCUCUGGAUCCACUCCGGGGAACGAUGCCCUUUCCGGGGACAAAAUCCCCAACGUGGACUGCAUGGUGUGUGGUGACAAGUCGAGUGGCAAGCAUUACGGCCAGUUCACCUGCGAGGGUUGCAAGAGUUUUUUCAAGCGCUCGGUGCGACGGAACCUGAGUUACACCUGUCGGGGUAACCGAGACUGCCCCAUCGACCAGCAUCAUCGGAAUCAAUGCCAGUAUUGCCGCCUGAAGAAGUGCCUCAAAGUUGGAAUGAGAAGAGAGGCUGUCCAGCGAGGACGGAUGUCCAACUCUCAGUCCAGUCCUGGACAGUACCUGACCAACGGGAGUGACCCCUACAACGGGCAGCCCUAUCUGUCAGGCUUCAUCUCCCUGCUGCUGCGGGCGGAGCCCUACCCCACCUCCCGAUACGGUGCACAAUGUAUGCAGUCCAACAACCUGAUGGGCAUCGAGAACAUCUGUGAGCUGGCUGCCCGCCUGCUCUUCAGUGCUGUUGAGUGGGCCAAGAAUAUCCCCUUCUUCCCUGACCUGCAGCUCAUGGACCAGGUGGCGCUGCUGCGCAUGUCCUGGAGCGAGCUGUUUGUGCUGAAUGCUGCCCAGUGCUCUAUGCCCCUGCACGUGGCACCUCUGCUGGCAGCUGCUGGUCUGCAUGCUUCGCCCAUGUCCGCUGAGCGUGUUGUGGCCUUCAUGGACCACAUCCGCGUCUUCCAGGAGCAGGUGGAGAAGCUGAAGGCCCUGCAGGUGGACACGGCUGAGUACUCCUGCCUCAAGUCCAUCGUGCUCUUCACCUCUGAUGCCAUGGGUCUGUCUGACGUGGCCCAUGUGGAAAGCAUCCAGGAGAAGUCCCAGUGUGCGCUCGAGGAAUACGUGCGCAACCAGUACCCGGGCCAGCCCAACCGCUUCGGCCGCCUCCUGCUGCGGCUGCCAUCUCUGCGCAUCGUCUCCUCGCCCGUCAUCGAGCAGCUCUUCUUCGUGCGGCUGGUGGGCAAGACGCCCAUCGAGACGCUGCUGCGCGACAUGCUGCUCUCCGGCUCCAGCUACAACUGGCCCUACAUGCCCGUCCAGAGGGAACGGCCGCUCCCCCUUCACUACAACGAGAACGGGCCCUGACUGCGCCCCUCGCUCACUCAGGGACAUGGCAGGGCAAAGGACAAACUGAAAACCCACAGUGCCCCUCCCACCCACUUCAGCACCCACUUUGUUUGAAUGACACCUCGGCCGCCUGCGUCAGCGUGGGCAACGGAACUGACGUCUGUUUGCAUUACUUGAAAUCCCACCGCUUACUCUGGGUAGGGCUCGAAGGGAACAUACAAAAUUAUUGACACGUACCGGUGUG